AUGCUUAACAUUUUCGGAAACAGGACCGAUACCGUAUUCUGGGUCCCCGAACCAACCCAGCGAGGAACCUUUGGCAUACUUUCAUCCUGCAUCGUUACAACUCUAUUAUGCGUCUGGUCAGCGGUGCAUCUUAAUAUCCCACAGAAGGAAGACGAGGAACGACCGUGGUAUGCAAAGCACCAGUUUUGGCGUAAGAUCAAGUGGUUAUUCCUGGCACUGCUGGCGCCGGAGCUUGUCGCCUACGGGGCAUGGAGGCAGCGGCGACAGGCAAAAAACUUACUUAAAGACCUAGAAAAUGUCAAGCGUAAGGAACAGGCAUUAGCGAACAAAGUCAACGUACCAGCGUCCGAUACCGAAUGGCAUAGUUGGAAAAUGAUGCACGCAUUUUACGCCAUUAUGGGCGGCUUCGUACUUGAAGACCCAGGAAAUGACCCAAGCUUCUUGUCCGAAAGCUUCACAAGGUUAACACUGUCCGGUCCCGAGCUUUCUGAAGUUAUCCAGUUGCGACCGAAUCUGGUACCGAAGAUAUCAGAGGGCGAAAUCGACGACAAGAGCAAAGCAAGUCGUGUGGCAAAGGCCAUUGUCUGUGUCCAAGCAGGCUGGUUCAUCGCACAGUGCAUAACACGCAUGGCGCAGUCGUUACCGAUCAGUCUGCUUGAGUUGAAUACAUUAGGCCAUUCGAUUUGUGCACUGGUUAUCUACCGCUUCUGGUGGCAUAAACCGCUCGAUAUAGAGCAGCCUACCGUGAUCAACGGCGAUGGUACCAAAGAGAUCUUAGCGUACCUUUGGAUGUGCUCAAACAAUUCAAAGAAUACCGAGAAUCACGGGAGGUCUGAGGAGUCUUGGUUGCGUUUAACGCUUAAGGAGUACGAAAGACUAAUCGACGUCACUGACCUCACGCUCGUUUCCACCGUACCCGAUAUACAAUAUACCAACAACAACGAAGAACCAGCUCCCUCAAGCCCUGGAAAUUCUCACUCAAAUUCGGACCAAAAUCAUGUGGAAGCGAACGAACCCCACGGGAAUGAUCGCCAAUCGUCGAACCCUUAUUCAUCGGUAGAUCCCGACCUUGCCCUGCAGGCAGAAGAAGAGAUCUUUUCAACAGGCCUGCGAUUAAUUGACGAUCCUGAUAAGAUGAGUAUCUCUAUCACUAAAGCAAAAAGAUGGAAACUUGGAUCCACACUUUUAAAAGAGAAGGGAUGGCGAAUAAUGAAGCAGAACGAAACCUUUCCGGAUGGCCCCGACAAGUUUCGGCCUUGGGCAGCAGAAGGGCUGCCUGGAAAAGACAGCGAAUUUAGUCCUCGGGUAAAAAACUGGGAUAUCCCCUGGGACGAUUUGACGUUGGAAAUGCCACUGAGCAUGGUAGUGAGCCUUGCCUUCGCUACCAUACUCUAUGGCGGCUUACACACUCUGGCCUGGAAUGCGCAUUUCCCAUCCAUGCGUCAGAAACUGCUCUGGAGAAUCUCAUCGCUGGCUGUUAUGAGUUUCGUCCUGGUUUUCCUGCUGAGAAACAAGAUUGAGAGUGUUAUUUUCAAUCACCGGCAUAGCAACUUUGCUUUUGUUAUCUACCUACUCACGGGGAUACCCUCUAUCCUGGCGCAUCUCAUGGCGCGAUGCUACUUGGUAGCUGAGUGCUUCAUAGCACCUUCUCAUGCCCCUUCAGGCGUCUAUAGUAUGCCGGAGUGGACUGCGUAUGUUCCCCAUGUUACCUGAGCUUAGCAAGGCUAU